UAAAAAAUUCUAGUUAAUAGUUUUUGACUUAAUGUAAAAAACGAAAAAAAAAAAAAUCACAAAACAUUUUUUUAGAAAGCAAUAUUUUGCUAAAUAGCCGCGUAGCAUAAACACAACUAAACUUGUGCGUGUCGGAAAAGGCCAUCAUACAUACACCGGAAAAUCAGCAGUAGCAGAACCAAACACGUUAAAGCGGUAUUUGGAAACCACGCAAGAACAAAAAAGGGAAAGACGAAUUGCGAAAAGCAACAAAAUAAAAGAAACAAUAACGCUGAUUCUGUUCUUCUUGUACAUUUUUUUUUUUUUGUUUGUUUUGGAAAGCACGCACGCAUAUUUGCGCAAAAUAAUUCUUGCGGUACGGUUUCGGCUGACAAAACGAUUUUUAAAGAUUAUAAAUUUUAAAUUCAGUUUCUAAAAGACAGUGCGAAGAACUGCAAGUGCUUGCUGAAUAAUCGUAAUCCAUUCUGCGUGACCGCAUUUUCUGCUUUUCAUCGUUCGGUUGCUGUUGCUAUUGCUGCUACUGAUAUUCCACUAUGAAGAUCACUGUUACCACGCUCACUGAUAAGAUAUUCUUUCUUGACGUCUCUGAAGAUCUAGAAUUGGAGAAUUUUAAGGCAUUUUGUGAAGUUGAAUCCGGUAUAAAAAAUUCACAGAUGAUUGUUGUUUUUAAUGGUAAACCUUUACUGGACAAUAAGAAACCCUUGAAAUUCUUUGGUAUUAAAGAUGGCGAUUGUGUUAUGCUACAGCAGGUACAACGCGAGCGUACACCCCGAAUGGAUUUGGCAGAUGCAGCCGCCAUCCGAAAUAUGGACUUCAGUCAGAUAAAUAUACCGAGCAGUAGUUCGAGUGCAGGCGUUGGGGCUGGUAAUAGUGUUCGCGGGGUACGUUUGCCUUCUUCCGGCGGGCCAAGUGUAAUGGAUUUCAACGAUUCUGACGAAAUGAACGUUAAUUAUGACGAUGAUCCGGCUACGGUGCGACAAAUGUUUCUCGAUAAUCCUGAAUCUUUGGCUUUGCUCAAACAAAACAAUCCCCGUUUAGCGGAAGCCUUACUUUCAGGUAAUUUGGAGUCAUUUACAAGGAUUUUGCAGGAGCAAAUUAAUAUACGUAAAGAGCGUAAUGCACAACGUUUACGACUAAUACAUGCCGAUCCCUUUGAUGAGGAAGCUCAGCGUCUAAUUGAGGAAGAGAUUAAACAGAAAAAUAUCCAAGAGAAUAUGGCAGCGGCCUUAGAAUAUAAUCCGGAGAUAUUUGGCACAGUUAUAAUGUUAUACAUUAACUGCAAAGUUAAUGGGGUGCCCGUUAAAGCAUUCGUAGACUCAGGUGCUCAGACUACAAUUAUGAGUUCGGCUUGUGCUAAACGCUGUAACGUAACGCAUUUAAUUGAUACCAGAUGGAAUGGUGUGGCUAAAGGCGUGGGCACGCAACGUAUAAUCGGACGUAUUCAUAUGGUGCAGCUACAAAUUGAAAAUGAUUAUUUAGCCUCGAGCUUUUCGGUACUUGAGCAACAGCCUAUGGAUGUGCUGCUGGGGCUCGAUAUGCUGAAACGGCAUCAGUGCAAUAUUGACUUGCAACGGGAUGUUUUACGCAUUGGCACUACUGGCACCGAGACACCAUUUUUACCUGAAAAUGAAUUGCCUGAUUGUGCUCGCCUAAGUACCAGUUCCGAGGAGGAAUUAAAAGCUCUCGAAAUAUCAGCGCGGGAGGCGGAAGCACAUGCUUUACAAAAGGCUAUUGAACAAACCAAUCCAUCGCAUAAAUCUGGAAAUACGAUUUCCAAUCAGGAUAAUUUCAGCGAAGGUGAUGUUAGCGAUCUUGUACGUAUGGGUUAUCAACGCGAUGAUGUUAUAACCGAACUGCGUCGACAUAAUGGCAACAAAAAUCAAGCUACUGCUGCCCUUUUAGCAAAAUCAUUGAAAUUUUAAAUGUAAAAUAUUAGCAAUAAUGACAGUUUCGAAAUAAUAUACAAAUAUAUAUAUAUAU